AUGCGGCCCCACUUCGUCGCGGGGCAGGCUUCAAGCGAAACCGCUGGCGCCGGCAGCAACACCUCCAGCAACACCAAGCGUCCAAACUUCCUUGUCAUAGUUGCGGAUGAUCUGGGCUUUAGCGACCUGUCUUGCUUUGGCGGCGAGAUAGGUACUCCUCACCUCGACCGUCUCGCGAGCAAUGGCCUCAGAUUCACCGACUUCCACGCAGCGGCAGCAUGUAGUCCUUCCCGUGCCAUGAUCAUGACUGGUACCGACCAUCACAUUGCCGGGCUGGGGAACUUGAUCGAAUGGACGAAUAGGAGUGACCAGAAUGCCCCCAGCGAAGGAGAGAUCAAGCAUUGGAGUACCGCGCCGCAGCGUGGCAUGCCAGGGUAUGAGGGAUACUUGAAUGAGAAGGUCGUGAUAUUGCCUGAGCUCUUGAAAGAUGCUGGAUACCUCACCAUGAUGGCUGGGAAGUGGCAUCUUGGCUUGACGCCAGAGCGAUUCCCACACAAGCGUGGUUUCGAGAAGAGCUUUGCCCAUCUGCCUGCCUGUAGUAAUCAUUAUGCUUACGAGCCGCAGCGGCAGGAUGGAGACCAGAUUCCUGGCUUCAUGACCAUGUCACACAUUGCCCUGCACAGCGAAGACGGUGAGUAUGUCAAGGAGCUUCCGAAGCCGUGGUACAGCAGCAACGGAUAUGGAGACAAGAUGUUGGGCUACUUGAAAGACCGCAGUGAUAAGAAGGACGAGAGACCUUUCUUCGCUUAUUACCCCUUUACUGCGCCGCAUUGGCCGCUCCAAGCUCCAGAUGAGUAUAUAGCACACUACAAAGGGGUUUAUGACGACGGCCCAGAUGUCCUUCGGGGAAAACGUCUCAAGCGCAUGCAAGAUCUAGGGCUGUGCCCAAAAGAUGUGGUGCCCCAUCCUGUCGUGGCCGAUGAGGUGAAGGAGUGGUCGAAGUUGUCCUCGGACGAGAAGGCUAAGAGUUCCAAGGCCAUGGAAGUCUUUGCGGCAAUGGUAGAGUGCAUAGACGCGAACGUGGGGAAGGUCGUCGACUACCUUGAGGAGAUGGGCGAGCUCGAUAAUACCUUCGUGUGCUUCAUGUCCGACAAUGGUGCUGAGGGCGCUGCAUACGAAGCCUACCCUAUCGUGCAAGGCAGCAUGAUCCAGCAUCUGAAGAAGUACUACGACAAUUCACUUGAGAACCUGGGUCGUGGUAACAGCUUCAUCUGGUAUGGACCACGGUGGGCGCAAGCUGCGACUGCCCCGAGUAGGCUUUACAAAGCUUUCACCACAGAAGGUGGUGUAAAAGUACCCUUCCUCGCCAAGUUUCCGAAAGGCUAUGAGGCAGGCGUGGGAGAGAAGGGUAGUAUUACUGGCGCAUUCUCGACAGUCAUGGAUCUCGCUCCCACUAUCCUGGAGAUGGCAGGUGUUGAGCAUCCUUCGCCCGAUGGCAAAGGCAGAUAUCAGGAUCGUGAAGUUGUGUCUAUGCGUGGCAAGAGCAUGGUACCCUUCCUCAACGGCACCCAAUCCACCAUCCACCCCAAAGACUUCAUCAACGGCUGGGAAACCUGCGGUCGUGCCGCCGUCCGCUACGGCGACUGGAAGAUCGUCUUCAUACCCAAGCCCAAAGGCCCGGAGAGAUGGCAGAUGUACAACCUGGCGAAGGAUCCAGGCGAGGUGAAUGACUUGUCUGAGCGCGACCCGGAGAGGUUGCAGCGUAUGAUCAAGAUGUGGGAUCAGUAUGUCUUGGAGACUGGCGUAAUUCCGUUGGCUCCAGCGCUGGGCAACUGGAUUGAGGCGAUGGAGCAGCAGAUGCCGGAGGAUGUCUGGAUGGAGUAUGAGUAUUGGAAGGAGGGUGCGAGAGAGGAUCCGGAGAAGUUUAGGAGGAAGCUUGUUCGGUUUGAGAGACCUAUGUAG